CCGGUGGGGAUGUGUGACGGGCUGAGUUGCCGUCGGAGUGAAAGUCGCCAGUCGAGUGGCAACCACGGUCGCGGUAUGGUGUCUCGCAGUUUUGAGUGCGACUGAGUACGAUACGUUUGGCCAAAAAGUGAGUUCGACAACAGAAUCGACGUUCACAUUGCGACAUACUGGUCCACCACGGAGGAAAUGAACACCGGGGCGAACUUAAAAAUGGGACUCUGACAAGGCACAAGAAAUGUAUUGGGCACACUUGAUAUUUUCGCUAGUAACCGGCCUAAUCGUAAAUCCGGACUGUUCCUCAGCCACAAAACCAGGGUACUUGGACUUCGACAACCUGCCCGAGACAAAUUUCUCAUGCGAGGGCAAAGUGAUCGGCGGCUACUACGCCGACGUGGAGACCGGCUGCCAGAUGUUCCACGUCUGCACGAUCGGUCAAAAAGGUAAUUCGGAAAAAUCUGAAGUGACCGAUAUCAAGUUCCUCUGCCUCAACGGCACCGUCUUUGACCAGGAGACUCGAGUAUGCGAGAGGAUCGACGAAGUGGACUGUUCCAAGUCCGAAGACUUUUUCGGCCUCAACCUCGAGCUUUACGGGAACAACGUCGGUAGGAUCCAGCCGGAGAGCGAGUUUGACUGCGACGAUUGUUCGACGGAAGAGGAUUAUGAUUUGGACGUGACUACGACGACUCCGAAGCCGCCGACGACGACGACCACAACCACGACAUCAACGACGACGACUUCACCUCCUAAAGUUCGUUUUCCGGCUUCGAGCCCCGAGACGAUAGCCGCCCUUUUGGCACUCCACAACGCAUUCACCCAAAGCUUGGAAAACUCUAAAGUCAAAGCCCCGCCGCCAAGGCUGAUCAACAACGCCUUCGCCCAGACGCAAAACCAUCAGUACUCGACUCAGAGACCAGUUAAAAUAAGGUACGACUACAGCGGACUGCACGAGCCGCCUAGGCAGAAGCCUUUCUACCAGCCGACAACCCCAGUACCGACAUCCAACUACCACCAUUUCCAGAGCAGCGACGCAAGCUUCGGUCACAGCUUUGACCUGGAAAAGCCUUACAACUUUCAGUUCUUCCAUUCGAGGAGGAUCGAAGAGCCCGUUCAAAAAGCUGUAUCCGUGGUAACGUCUACGAGUACGUCGACGAGCGUCAGAACGUCCAAGAACGCCACGCUUGAUUUUCCGACAGGCUACGACGAAUACCAGGACGACCUAGAAGACCCGUUCUUCCGAGACGUACCCAAGAUCAGGUCGAAGAGGUCCGAAGACGAGGUGAGACACGCUAACCACAAGUACGAUGAGACGACCCACGCUAACCACAAGCACGAAGACACGGCCUACCCGAAUCACAAAUACGACGAGAAGAGCCCGCCGACGAGGGAGGAAUUCUUGAAAAACCUCCUCGGCUCUAUCGACAUGGAGGAAAACGACAGAGAGAAGAUGGUGUCAUUUUUCAUCAGAGAGGAGCGCCAGCUGGACAAAGGCGGCGGGAUGCUCCACAAGAUCGGCAAUAAGCUCGGCGAGGCCAUCAUGGAGGACGUCAAAAACGGGAUGAAAAACGAUUCGGACACGUUCGACCUCGACCAUCUGAGUAGGAUGUGGAAGAACCACUACGAAGAGAUGAGCAAGGAGGUCGCGCUGGAUUUCAACCUGGGGAGGAAAAAGCGUGACGCCUGGAGCAGCAAGUUCGACGAGAACGUCACAGACGUCGAGUACGUCGAAAAUGGCGGUCCAAAAAAGCAGGUCGCAAUCGUAGACAGGCCGGCGAAGAAGACGAGAGUGAGGCAGAGAAGUGGGACGAGGACGACGAUCCCCAACGUCAAGCCCGUCUUCGAAGAGGUGGACGAAGGGGAUUUCACGACGGUCCCUUACAGGAGGGUUGCUCAGGUGAGGAGGAACCAAAGGACGACCCUCAGACCCGAGGCGAAAAGCUUCAAAUUUAACUACGAAACGUCCAAAAACCCUCCAGAGCCUGACAGCUCGCCGAGGCCCGACCAAGACGGCGUUCCCGUUUACGAGUUUGACCCCAAGACGAACAAGAACGACGGGAAAACGACCAGGGGUCGGACUCAGAGACCGGAAACGACGACCUACAGGCCCAGGGAACCUCCACAGGCCGACUUUGCUCAAACUCAAGUGCCAAAAAGGACAACGACACGGUUUAGGGGAAGGGUGAGGGGGACCCUGAGGGAACCGGUGACGACUACCACUACCAUCAGGACCAUCGAUCCCAGCCUGAAACCGGACCCGGACUUCAGCUGCGAGGGGAAGGUCAAAGGUGGAUUCUACGCCGACGUCGUCGCAGACUGCAGGGGAUUUUUCAUUUGCUCACAGGGACAAAUCAACGGACCGUUGCUCAAGUCCCAUUUCUGGUGCGGUGCCACGACCAGGUUCAACCAGCGGAGCCGGACCUGCCAAGCGGACUACCUCGUCGAGUGUUCGCUCUCCAAGAGGUACUUCCACCUCAACGACGAUUUCCUCGUGCCAGAGACCGAGGAAGACCUGAAAGGCCCCUUCGAGCCGAAGAAGGUCAAAAACCGAUGAAGAAACACAAAAAAAAAUCAACCGUGUACAUACAUAUUUAAAUAAAUCGGGGGGUGGCGGCCUUUUGGCCAUGCUCCGCGUUUUGUAGGUGUAAAUUGUA